UCUCGGAAUGAUGGUGUCAGAGAACGCUGUCAAUAAAGACGAAGGCAAACAUUGGCCUCAAAUUUUGGCCAUAUGUAUUGCCAACAUGGCAGCGUUGUGUUGCGGUUUCGGUUUCGCCUGGAGUUCUCCAUCGAUGCCCAAAUUGGUGAACGAUAAGGAAAAUUACGACAUCACGGAGGAAGAAGCAGUCUGGUUCACGGUUAUACCUCCAAUAUCGAUGAGCCUUGCAACACUCAUGACGUCACGCCUCAACGACAUAUUCGGAAGAAAAAAAGUAAUCAUCUUCUUGGGAGUCUUGCACGUAAUCAACUGGACUCUCGUCAUUACCGCCAGAAGUGUCAACGUAUUUUACGUCGCGAGAGUGUUAAGUGGUGUGGCCGAUGCUUGCGUGUUUUCAUCGAUUCCCAUGUACAUAGGAGAAGUAUCCAUACCAGAAGUCCGAGGCAGAUGGGGUAACAUGCUUGCGUUUAACAUCUUCCUCGGACAAUUUUUAAUAAACACCAUUGGUAGCUUUCUGACCGUGGUUCAAAUGGGUUAUGUGGCAGUAUCGGUACCAAUUUUAUUCCUGAUAAUAUUUCCCUUCAUGCCCGAGUCACCGUAUUACUAUGCUAUGAAAGACCGUGACGAUGAAGCCAGAACUGCCUUGAUAUGGCUGAGAAGAAAACGGGACAUCGAAGAAGAUUUUCAACAACUUAAAAAUGAUGUUAAUAGACAAAUAUCUGAAUCUGGUACGUGGAAAGACUUAUUCACAAUUAAAAGUAACAGGAAAGCUCUCUAUGCUGGUUUGUUUUUGAGAGCUGCUCAGCAGUUCUCAGGAAUAUCAGUGUUUGCUGUAUAUACUCAUUAUAUGUUUACUAAAGCUGGAGGCUCAAUAUCACCUACCACAUCUGUGAUAAUAUUCACUGGAUCACUAAUGGUGUUGAAUUUUGUUGCUGGACUGGUUGUUGACAAGCUUGGUCGCAGAAAGGCGUUUAUGUAUUCGUUGUUUUGUUGUGGGGUAAUUUUAAUGGGAAUGUCAGUAUACUUCUAUUUAGAUCAGUAUCAUCCUGAAGUAGACAUGUCCUUAAUUCAAUCAGCACCUUUAGUAGGAAUGAUGCUGUUCGUUGUUGCAUCUUCUUUUGGUAUGGGAGUAGUGCCCACACUGAUGUUAGGCGAACUAUUUUCAACAAGCAUUAAGGCAAAAGCCCUGUGUUUCUUAAUCAUAGUAUUUGGAGUUCAGCUGAGUAUUGUAACUAGAGUGUUUUACAUUUUGGAUGUUAAUUUUGGACUGUAUUGCCCGUUUUUAAUUUUCGGGUUAAAUUGUUUCAUAUCAUCUAUUUUGACAUUAUAUAUUGUUCCUGAGACAAAAGGAAAGACUUUAGAAGAAAUUCAACAAUCGCUCAAGCAAAAGAAGAAAGCUGUUAGUUAAAUAAACUAUAUUCAAAUUCA